CCGCCGCCGUCGCAACUACACUGUCAGACGUCAGUUGUCAGUCGGUAUUAUUAUGUGUACCCGUGAUUAGCUCGUUGUCCGCCCGGUGUAAUUUGUUUCUUGUUGAUUUUUGAACUCGAGUGUUCUUUGGGCAUUUUGCUCCCUUCUCGGGCUUUUUUUUUCAUCGGUCUGCCACAUCGUAUUCGAUCGACAUGCCCUAAAGCGUACACGGUCAUCCGCCGACACAGCCCAAAAGUGGUUGGAUUCUCUACCAAGAAGAAGUGCAGUCUUCUUCAAGAAAGAGAGAAGCCGGCAUACCUAGCUAUUAGCUUUUGGGGUGCGUCCAAACACUUGAGCUCAGUUAGCAACAAUGGCAGAAAAAUACGUUAAAGCCCCGAUGGCCAGCACUCGGCCUGUUCCGAUGAAGCUGUUUGCUACGUGGGAAGUGGACCGUACUCCCUCAAACUGUGUGCCGAGGGUGUGCUCGAUGAACUUGACCAAACUCGUGCUGACCAAACCGCUGGGUUUGGAGAUGUCAACGUUGACCAUAGCGGUGAAAAUGCACGGUUCGAAGAGGACUCUUCGCACCAAUGAAUUGCCGUUGACCGCCAGUGGGUUGUCGGAAAUGGAACUACAACUGAACUUUUGUCUUCAGUAUCCGCAUUUUUUAAAAAGAGACGUCAACAUGUUGCACGUUAUGCUUCAACGUCGCAAAAAGUACAAAAAUCGCACCAUACUCGGUUACAAGACAUUAGCCGAAGGGGUGAUCAACAUGGCGCUCGUGCUGCAAAGACCUCUUGAUCUCGAACUGGAACUGCUCGGCGAUCCCAAGGAUCCCAAGUCUCUGGUCGGUCGAGUGAACAUCGUGUGCUUAAACAGUCAACCCGUCGACCACGAAGGCGUUACUAAAGCAGUGACGGGUAGAGGCAACGAUUACUCUGACGAAGACGAGGAGUUCAGUAGCGGCGAGGAAGCCUCGGACUCGGAUCCUACGUUAGAGGACAGGCGACGUAAAAAGAAUAUCACCACCGGAAACGCCAGGCAAAGGAACCUCAAGCAAAAAUUCAUAGCGCUCCUGAAGCGAUUCAGAGUGAACGAAGACUUACAAUCUCUGGAAAACGGUCGAGAAACGAUAAGUCAAAAACUGUCGGGCGGAGAUAUGGAUCCAGCCGACAUCGAAGAUCUCUUUGAAGAAUUGGAAGACAUGAGCGACUCCGGACCAGACCUAGAUACACUGUCCAUCCUAUCCACUCCCAAACCGUCGCUCCGCCCGUUCUUCUCCAGUUCCCGCACGAACAUGAUUCAUGAAGGGCUUUCAGGACGACAUUCCCAUAAGAAAAGUCACACCACGAGUUUUCCGCCCAACAGAAAGAAAGGAUUGCCGUCGAUGGAACGCAACAUAGAAAGAUUCAGCGACGAAAGUUCGAAGAAAGCCGAUUCCGAUUCUUACUUGGAUACAUGGACGGACAGCGACCCUACGCCAAUGAACUCUUCGCCUCCCAAAGCAGCCAUCAAUUUUAGCGAUGACAAAAAGGAAACGGCACCAAACACCGUGGAAAAAGAGAAAAAGUCCAGAAUCUUCACUAGGGAUCGGACCUCAUCGUCGAAUAAAUAUAAGAAAUCUCCAAUGCCAAAAUCUACCGGCGGUGAUAGCGAACAUGGUCGUGUGAAUAAUGUAGGAUCCGGCAGCUCUGCCGGCUCGACCUCAGUGGACAAUGCCGGUUCUAUGGCUGAACCCAGAAAGGCCCUUAUGGAACAACUGUCUAAAGUAUUGCCGCCCGAAGACAAAAUUCCAGAAGUUUUGUGUUUAGUGCACUACACACAUCCGUUAGGUGGCCAGCUUGCAACGAAACUUCAAAAUUAUAAUUUCAAAGUGAUAACGCCAGCUGGGCUUGCUGACGUGCGGGCCUCCUUUUUGUACAUUAUCAAUAAGUUACAGAAAUAUUGUAACUCCAACCCGAAACCACCGAAUCAAAUAAAAUUAUUGCUGGCCGGUUCUGAUAGUUUUGUUAACUACGUAUUACGACAGUACGUAGAGCAAUUGUCAUUUAAGCCACCCGAUUGGAUUAACUACAUUAAAUUUUAUAUUGUGCCGUUGGGAAUGAACACGCUUUCGAGAUAUUUGGGUACAGUCGAUAGUUACUAUGGUACAACGUUUCUAUUCAAAGAAGAUUACUGGAAGGAGCAACUGGAAUGUGGUGAUGGAUUAGACAUAAUUAGCAAAAUCCAAAACUACUUGAUGGAAGCUUCAAAUACCAUCCAAUUGCAAAUAGCUGAAGCUAUGCUUUCCUACAAAGAGAAAAGUUCGGAUGACGAAGCUUCACAGAUAUUUAUACCAUUUGUCAAUGACGUAAGAAUUUGUACUGGUGACAUGACGUGCCUAAUGGAUAACGAUGAUCAGCCUUCAAGUAUUAUUGACCGCAAGUCUCUUAUGGAUAAGACUACACCACCCAACUCGCCCAAUAUUGGAAUUCAAUACAUGCCACCACAUUCCAAACAAGUCAACUGGGAUUCGUGCGAGCCUCUGGAAUUGCAACUCGAUUAUUGGCUGGUACCUAAUGCCAAUAAGGAGGUUGCAUCACGAAGCAAUGAAGCUAAUAGUAAACGUAUAGACACUAAGUUUACAUUAAAGACUGGCUUUAAGAGUUUACAUAUCUCAAGACUGUUUUUGACUAAUGAUGAACCUCUAGCGUUUUUUACAGUCAGCUACAUUAAAGAAAAGAAACAAAAAAUUAUGCGUUUAGGCAAAAAAAAGGAAAAAGAAAAAGAUCUCGAGCCAAAAAACCAGGUCAUUGAUAGCGUGUCUAGGCUUAUCUGCUCACCAAAAACUCAGCACUAUCCACUCACGAUCACAAUUGACGGCUACGAAUGGGGAGGCGUAAAAUUCUUCCAAUUAUCAUCUCAAUGGCAAACUCAUAUCAAACAUUUCCCUGUAGCCGUUUACUCACUGGACUACCAACCAAGAAGUCUACCACAUUUAAACCACCCGAUUUAAUUUGGUUUUUUUGUGGUUUGAUAAAAAAAAGAAAA